GGUGCGCAGCAGGCGGCCAUGUUGGAGCAGCGGAGGCGGCGCAGAGGCGCGUCCUGGGUCCCCGCGGCGGCGCCGGUGCCAAGCGCUGGUUUGCGGAUACCCAGGCAGAUCUGCAGUGCCUAAUGCCAUGAGCGUGGUGGUGCAGCAUGUGGAGGAGAAAGCUGUGCACUCCUGGUCGCGGAUCUCCACGGCAGGGAAGAAGGUCCUGGAGGAAGCGUUGCUUGUCUUUAACCCCAUGAGCCAGGAUCUCAGUGCCACUGAGGCCCAGCUUGUGGCCUUCCUGCAGGGCCUGCGGGAUGAUGGCUUCCAACCUACCAUCCUGCGCAGCGGUGAUGUCUAUGGCUAUAGUUCGUGCACAGCCAGCCCCCCAAGCCAGACAAAGCUUCAAGCUCGUGCCCCCACCCCAGCUGCCACAUCACCUCCAGCCAGUGCUCCCCGAACUGCCAUGCGGCUGCCUGCAGGCCGGGCCACGCUGCUCCCCAUGCCACUGUCUGGCAGGCUGGCCAAAGCAUCCACACCAGCCCUCGCCAAGCAUGCCACCACCAACCUGCUACUGAGCUCCCUGAAGCAGUCAAGUGCCAGCCGUGCCCGGGGUGCAGCAGUGGGCUUUCCCACCCACCUCUAUCCAGGUGUCUACCCUGCCAUGCGGCUCUCCGUUGUCCUUGAGGCCCUGGUUCCACUCAAGACUCCCAUGCCCUGCUUGGGUGCCAAGCACAAGGCACAGUCACUGCAGCUCUCACUUGCAGACUCUCCCCUGAAGCUGCGGAAAGGUCCAGGGAAGAGGCUGGGGAAUUCCCAGCCCAAAGCUCCCAGAAAAGCCACAAGCAAGGGCUCCAAGUGUCUGACUCGAAGAGGCCCCAGGGCUGGAUCCCGACAAGGCACUGGGCCCCAGAGCAAGACCUACAAAGCCUCUGGUUCCCUCAGUGGCCCACGAAUGAAAGGUGGCUGUGCUCUGGGCACCAAAACAGCCCAGGCCAAAGCUUCCCGUGCCCAGGCCAAGGUGGCUCGAACACAAGCCAAAGCUGCCAAGGCCCGGGCAGAAGCCAAGGCAGCACGGAUCAAGGCCAAGGCCAAAGCCAAGGCAGUGCGGGCCAAGGCUAAGGCCAAGGCAGUGCGGGCCAGGGCCAAGGCCAGGGCAGUGCGGGCCAGGGCCAAGGCCAAGGCAGUGCGGGCCAGGGCCAAGGCCAAGGCAAUGCGGGCCAGGGCCAAGGCCAAGGCAAUGCGGGCCAGGGCCAAGGCCAAGGCAGUGCGGGCCAGGGCCAAGGUGGCUCGGACCCAGCCCAGGGGCAGGGGCAGGCCAAAAAGGUCUGUUCAGGCCAGGACUGCAAGGAGGGGCCGGAAAAGCUGCCCUGAGACUGUGGGACAGAAGAGGAAAAGGACUGAGGAGGCAAAGGAUCUUCCUCCCCAGAAGAGAACACGGCUUGGGCCCCAAUCCCCUAAGGUAUGGCUAGGACCUGGAACGGCAAAGCUGCUAAAAUUCCGGGCCAUCAAGGUGGCCAGGCAGUCCUCAGAUGAUGAGGUGCGGCAGCAGGCUCAACGGAUCCUCCGUGUGAACCUUUCCCCUGUAAUACGACUUCAGCCAUUGCUGCCAUACUCAGCACCCUGAUUCCUUCACGUAGCGACGUUUGGGGAAACUGAGCCCAGUUGUCUGUGUGGCCAGUGGCACAGUGUGCAAUGCCCAUGGAUUCCACAACCCUAAAGACUCUGGGUGCCUCUCCAGGGCCCUGGGAGCCACCAGCCUCCUUUCAGAGACUGGAGGAUGUGGGGUGGGGUGGGCGGGUGGGAGGGAUGGUGUCAUGGCGCGAUGCACUGUGACUUGUUACUCUUCAAGUUGUAUGUCCACUAUUCCAUCUAUCACGUUUUAUACCUUUCCA